AGGGGUGUGGCCACUAGGGGUGUGGCCUCGGGCGUGGCCAACAGGGUGUCUGGCGGGCGCCGGGGCACCGGCUCAGCCUCAGUCGAGCGCUCCUCGUCUUCCGCGCUGCGCCUCCUCUGCCCGCCGGUCAUCCCCGGUCAUCCCCGGUCCUCGGCCCCCGGUCCCGGCCUGGCCUCAGUCCCGGCCCUCGCCGCAGUCAUGUCGGAGCGGGCGCCGCCCGGGGGGAAGGAGAUCCUGGAGUGCCAGGUGAUGUGGGAGCCCGACAGCAAGCGGGACACGCAGAUGGACCAAUUCCGCGCGGCCGUGGGCGCCGCCUGCGGCCUGGCGCUGGGGGAAGGCAAGGAGGAGAUCGCAAAGGUGACCUUUGAAGAGUUGCGGCACCAGGUGGCUUUGUUCGCCACCGCCAUGCGGAAGAUGGGCGUGCGGAAGGGGGACCGCGUGGUCGGUUAUCUGCCCAACAGCACACACGCUGUGGAGGCCAUGCUGGCUGUGGCAAGCAUUGGUGCCAUCUGGAGCUCCACGUCCCCGGACUUCGGCGUGAACGGCGUCCUGGAUCGCUUCUCACAAAUCCAGCCCAAGCUCAUCUUCUCGGUGGAGGCCGUUGUCUACAAUGGCAAGCGGCACAGCCACUUGGAGAAGCUGCAGCAGGUGGUGAAAGGACUUCCAGACCUGAGGAAAGUGGUGGUGAUCCCCUACAUCACCUCGAGGGAGAAGAUCGACAUUUCCAAGAUUCCAAACAGCGUGUUCCUGGACGACUUCCUGGCCAGCGGCACCCGCGAGCUCGCCCCGCAGCUGGAGUUCGAGCAGCUGCCCUUCAGCCACCCGCUCUUCAUCAUGUUCUCCUCCGGCACCACGGGGGCGCCCAAGUGCAUGGUGCACUCCGCCGGGGGCACCCUCAUCCAGCACCUGAAGGAGCACAUGCUGCAUGGGAACAUGACCUGCAGCGACGUCCUGCUCUACUACACCACGGUCGGCUGGAUGAUGUGGAACUGGAUGGUGUCGGCACUGGCCACAGGCGCGUCCCUGGUGCUGUACGACGGCUCCCCACUGGUGCCGACGCCCAGCGUGCUGUGGGACCUGGUAGACCGGAUCGGCAUCACUGUCCUUGGGACCGGUGCCAAGUGGCUGUCCAUCCUCGAAGAGAAGGGCCUGAAGCCAGGGGAGACCCACAACCUGCAGACGCUGCACACGAUCCUGGCCACCGGCUCCCCACUGAAAGCCCAGAGCUACGAGUACGUGUACAGGUGUGUCAAGAGCAGUGUGCUGCUGGGCUCCAUCUCAGGGGGCACUGACAUCAUCUCCUGCUUCGUGGGCCAGAACACUUCCGUUCCUGUGUACAAGGGUGAGAUCCAGGCCCGGAACCUUGGCAUGGCCGUGGAGGCGUGGACCGAGGAAGGCCGGGCAGUGUGGGGCGAGAGCGGGGAGCUGGUGUGCACCAAGCCCAUCCCCUGCCAGCCCACGCACUUCUGGAACGACGAGAACGGCAGCAAGUACCGGAAGGCAUAUUUCUCCAAAUUCCCGGGUGUCUGGGCACACGGUGACUACUGUAGAAUCAACCCCAAGACGGGUGGCAUCAUCAUGCUGGGCCGCAGCGACGGCACGCUCAACCCCAAUGGAGUGCGCUUUGGCAGCUCGGAGAUCUACAACAUCGUGGAGGCCUUUGAGGAAGUGGGGGACAGCCUGUGCGUCCCCCAGUACAGCAAGGAUGGCGAGGAGCGCGUGAUCCUCUUCCUGAAGAUGGCUUCCGGCCACGCCUUCCGGCCCGACCUGGUCAAGCGGAUCCGCGACGCCAUCCGCCUGGGGCUGUCCGCGCGUCACGUACCCAGCCUCAUCCUGGAGACACAGGGCAUCCCGUACACGCUCAACGGCAAGAAGGUGGAGGUGGCGGUGAAGGAGGUCCUGGCCGGGAAGGCGGUGGAGCAUCGCGGGGCCUUCUCCAAUCCCGAGACCCUGGACCUGUAUCGAGACAUCCCCGAGCUGCAGGGCUUCUGAGGCCGUGCCCUUGGCCCUGGGCACCCACGGCGUUUGUGCAUCACAGGCUCCUCAGGGCGCUGUCCCGCUGCAGAGAGGAGGCUGGGCCACGUGUCCCCAGGCGCCGGAGAGCGGAGGGUCGUUUGGGCUCCCUCGUGGCCCGGCCCGCUGAGCGCAGGUCUUGCUGCCCGAGAGGAUGGGGCACGGCUGUGGCACGGCUGGCGUUCCGGUGUCAGAGCCCACCCAAGCAGCGAGGUGGUCUCAGCCUCGUCAGGCUGGGUGCCCUGUCGCCCUGGAAGGUGUGACGCCUCCUUCUGCACUCCUGGGCCCUGGAUGGUCCCUGCCCCGUCGAGUCUCAGCUGACACUGGAGUCACCGUGGCCUCUGGGCCUGGGGCUGAUCGCUCACAAACAGUGUCACGGAUGGAGCACGGUUCCUGGGGUCCAGGGUCCCACUCCAGCCUGCCGCCCGCGGGAAGUCCUGGGUUGACGCUUUCUUAGGGUCUCUGCACUCUGUGGCCUCUGAACGGUUAAAGUGUCUUCGGGGUUGAUUUUGGGGCCAUGGGCGUUUGAAGCACUCCAUCCCUGCCUGUGUCACUUUCGGGGCCGCUGGGCCGUGUGUGGAGGUGCUUCGGUCCCCGUGGGCCCCCAGGGCCAUCAGCACUUUCCACUGUCGUGGCUGUGGCUGCCUGAGGUGUGUCCUCAGCCCAGCACGUUCACAUCUCUCAGAAAUCCCAGUGUUUAUUUUUAUACUUUUUAAAACUGAGCCCAGCGAGAUACUUUUUGAAUUGUUCUUUUUGAGUUGUUCUUCUAGGUUAUAAGUACAUGCGGAAAAGAGCGAUGGAGAGUUUUAUUCAAUAAACACGGAUGUGUGCACACA